GCAGCCCUUCAAAUACUGGAAUGCUGUUAUCAGAUCACCCCUAAUUCUUCUUUUCUCUAGACUAGCCAAACCUAUUUAGUUUCCAAUCACUGGGACCACCACGGCCAGGAUGACUGAGAAUCCCUGAAGAGAUAUAACUCCCAACAUUCUUGACAUUCCCCAGGAUGGCCUGUAGAGCCCAGCCUACCUGGGCAGGUUGUUGUGAGGUUCUAAUCUGGGGAGAUCCACCAGCGUCCCACCUGCUCGGCAGGAAGGCAGGCUGGUAGCUGCCCUCCCAAGGACUGAGCAUCAUAGACUGAGCAUCUUUGGGCUGCAGUUCUACCGAAGGCCGGCAUAUGACGCGAAGAUUCGUCCUUUGCUGCCCCCUGAUGGCCAGUUGCGGAAUUGCUGCUCGGCUUUACUCCAAGGCCGGGAAAGGCGGCGGCGUCGCCGCCUCCCACAAUAAAAAUGGCGGCUGCGGCCUGCAAAGCGCUGCUCCGGCCACGCCGCUGGCUCUUCCUGGGCCCGGGGGUCGUGGGAGUCGGGUCGCGGGGGCUGGGCAGGUGGCCGGUGCGGGGGUCAACGGCUUCAUCAUCUCCGGCUGCGGCUUUCCGGCGACGAGCCUUGACGGUGGGACCGGAGGAGCGGCAGCCACAGGAGAGCCGGCUCGGGGCGGCGGCGACGCACUACCAGCUGCUGUUCACGUGUAAGGUAUGCAGGACACGCUCUGCAAAAACUAUUUCCAAGGUGGCUUAUCAUCAUGGAGUUGUGAUCGUGAAAUGCUCUGGCUGCAACAACCAUCACGUGAUUGCUGAUAACUUGGGCUGGUUCUCUGACUUAGACGGAAAGAGGAACAUUGAGGAAAUCCUGGCAGCCAAAGGAGAGGCAGUGAGGCGAGUGGCAGGCGAAGACGCUCUCGAGCUCCUAGUUGAAGAUCCCAAAUUGCUGGAAUCUCUGAGCAAAGGAGGAGGAAAAAAAGAUCCAGAGUGAUCCGGACAGAUGUCUUCAAUCAACCUGGAGGAGCGGGGGGAAGCUUCCCUAAGCUAGACCUUUGCUUGAAGUAACACAUUGUAGUGUUCCUUCAGUUGAGUUUUUUCCAAUCGUCUGGAUUGCAGGAUUGUCAUUUCUUGAGAAGUGUCCCCCCCCCCCCAUGCCCAGGAUGAAGUCCAGCUAUUGAACAUAAUUGCACUUUCUUCUCGUAGGGCAUAGCAGAGAAGAUGUAAGUGGAGCCUUGUGUGUGCACAUAGCUGCACUUCACACAUGUUUACCCAUAUUUUCAAGCAAAGGGUUGCCUGUUCCAUCUUGAAAGGAGAGUCCUAUGUGAGGCCAUCCAGGCCGGAGAGCCCAUCCGGCCUGCAUAGGAGGGAGAAACAAACACAACUACACCAAAGCUAUCAAUCUAAGAUCCAUGCAAUUAAUGGGGUUCUACUGUGCCCUCAUCCUGGCUUGUCUUGGUGUUUGAUUUCUUCUCCAUCCCAGAAGGUGGGACAAGAAACAAUGGUUUAAAUUACAUGGAUUUUGAUAAGAUUUUGGAUUAUUGUUCUUAUGGCAACAGCAGUUCCCUAGCACAGUGUUUUUCAACCUUUUUUGUGCAAAGGCACACUUUUU